GUGACUUACAAGUAUAAAUGUGUACAGGCGUAUCCAUAUACAUGUUUUAAUUUGGACAACAUAAUACAGACGAUACAUAAUGGAAAACACCGGCUAUGAACUAGAGCAUCCGAACGGAGAAGCACAGCAAGCUUCAAGUACAAUCAACGUGCCCUACAAUUCCCAGGAAGAUUUUGAAAAAGACACUACAAAAGAAAAAACGGCCCCUUGGAAAAAUACAUGCUUAACAGCAUGCCUCGUUGUUACAGUUGCACUGCUUAUAGCUGCACUUGCAGCGUUUGGCGUAGUUCUUUGGCGUCUUGUAGAGCAGGAAAACAAUACGUCAACAGGAGUUAACGGUAAUUGGGGAGAAUGGGGCGACUGGGGUGAGUGUAAUAAAACGUGUGGAGAUGGCGGAGUGAGAAAUAGAAGUAGAUCCUGCAGUGAUCCCUCACCGGAACACGGGGGCGAUGCAUGCCCGGGCUCUGGGGUGGAACACAAAACAUGCACAUUACCAAACUGCAGUACAGAACUUGAUUUGGGAGAGGCUUGCAAACCUGGCUAUACGUGUGGUGAUCCAAAUGCUGAGUGCAGAGAUGACGGUGAUGGAGAAAAAUGUACCUGUAAAGUGACGUUUGUUCAAAAGCAGUUUAAUAAUGUACAAGCAUGCACAGAAACAACUACACGCACGGCUUCAGUCCUCAUAUUGGGAGGUGGUAUGGCUGGUGUUAUGGCGGCAAAAACACUCCACGAAGCUGGUAUCACGGAUUACAUUAUAAUAGAGGCUCAACCAAGGCUUGGAGGCAGAAUUUCAGAUAUUAAAUGGAAUGGAUACACCUUGGAACAGGGCGCGACAUGGAUACAUGGCUUAGAUGGAAAUCCUAUGUGGGAUCUUGCUCAAAAGUAUAAUCUAAGUGGAUUUAUAACAGAUUACGAAGACUAUAUUGCACGAGACGCAAACGGAAAUGACGUCACUGAAGAAUUUGAUUUGGCUUAUGAACGCCUUUUGCCUGCUCAGGAGUUUGAAUACGAUUUGACCAUAGAUAAGCUUGAAAACAACAGUAGUGAUAUUACUAAAAAAGUUGCACUUCGACUGGGUGGUUGGAGUGCAAAAUCAAGCUAUGAUUAUGCUGCUCAAUACUACGAUUAUGAUUAUGAUUAUGCAGAAGAUAUCGACAUACUUUCUCUAAGAUACAACUUAUUGAACACCUACGAGGACUUCGGGGAUGGCGAUUAUCAUGUUCUGGAUUCCAGGGGAUAUCGUCAUUUGGUACAGGCAACGGCCGAUGAAUUCCUCAAUGGAACUAAUCUCAUGCUUAACAAAACUGUGUCCAAAGUUGACACUUUACCAAACCGGGUAAGAGUAACACUUCAGUCGGGAGAAAAACUUGAAGCAUCCUAUGCGAUAAUGACAUUUAGUAUUGGUGUAUUACAAAAUGAGCUAAUCACGUUUGAGCCACCCCUGUCAUCUAAAAAGAAUGAGGCCAUACAUUCAUUCCAACUGUCUCCCUACAAGAGAACUGUUCUGAAAUUUCCCUAUGCCUUUUGGGAUGAGAAUGAGUUCAUAGUUCAUACGCCUGAAACACCAGGACAUUACGUCAUCUGGGAAAACUAUAACCAUGCCAAAAUAUAUCCAGGUUCGAACAUUAUUAUGUCCACACUUACUGGGGAUGAGGUGAGACGUGUAGCUCUCCUUACAGAAGCAGAAAUCGUCGCUGAAAACAUGGGCGUUCUACGGUCGAUGUACGGCGCUGGUAUUCCAGACCCAGAAUCUGCAUUGAUCAGCAGCUGGGAAGAUAAUCCUACGACAAUGGGUGCAUAUAGUAGCUGGCCAAUAGGAUUCAACUCUGAUGACCAUGAUGUUAUGAGGUCACCAAUUAGAAAUUUGCAUUUUGCUGGGGAGCACAAUAAUGCCCGUUACAAUGGCUGUACACACGCGGGGUAUUUCUCCGGUGUUGAAACUGCAACUCAAGUAGUCCAAUGUAUUGAAUAUGGUUGCUGAUGAAUGCCUGGUGUCUUUUACAUUUGCACUCUUUAGUACUUCUGCUUCUGUUCAAAUGAUAAGCAAUAUCAAUUGUACCGAAUUUACACACGGCAUCGUCUUCGCAAUAUGGAUACUACCUCAAGACAAUGAAAGUCAAUUUCUAAUUGGCAAUAACGAUUAAUAAUUAGACAGUAAAAUUGCAGAAGCACUAUAAAGGCUAUGGAAAGGUCAACUAAGAUCAAGAUCAAUAUAUACCGUGUGGGCAUUAAAAAUGGACCGUACGUUGACACCCGACAUGCAUCUUUGAGACCCUUAACAUCAGCUUCUUCAAAUGUGCAUGUCAAAAGCCAUCAUUUCCCGAGUUUUCCGGCAAAAUUUCAUUGUCAUCCUGCGGUAAUUCUAUUCAUGGGAUCAAAAUAGAAAAUAAAGAGUCAAAAUGCAUGUUCCGGACAUUUUAAAAUGAUUUGAUGCCCGUCCGAUAUGUACAUGUAUGCAUCAUUUCCCUAAACUUUAUACCCCAAUAAUUGUGAAUUUAUCACUUAGGAACAAUGUCACAGGGUAUACAAAACACUACCCUUAUCUGA